GCGACGCCGCGAGCGCGAGCGAGCUGCCGGCAAGACCUCCAGAGCCUUCCCCGGCGCCCUUCCGCGGCCCGCAGCCAUGGCGACCGUCAUGCAGAAGAUCAAGGACAUCGAGGAUGAGAUGGCAAAGACGCAGAAGAACAAAGCCACUGCACACCAUCUUGGUGGUCUGAAGGCUAAACUUGCAAAAUUGCGGCGGGAGUUGCUUACUCCUACAACCAAAGGUGGUGGCGGUGCUGGUGAGGGAUUCGACGUGACAAAAAGUGGAGAUGCACGUGUUGGUUUGGUGGGCUUUCCUUCUGUUGGGAAAUCAACAUUGCUGAACAAGUUGACAGGGACUUUUUCAGAGGUUGCAUCCUACGAGUUCACAACUUUAACAUGCAUUCCUGGAGUUAUUAUGUACAAAGGAGCUAAAGUUCAGCUUCUAGAUCUUCCGGGAAUCAUUGAAGGAGCUAAAGACGGAAAGGGUAGAGGUAGGCAGGUUAUCAGCACAGCUAGGACAUGCAAUGUGAUUCUGAUUGUUCUUGAUGCCAUAAAACCAAUAACCCACAAGCGUCUCAUUGAGAAAGAGCUCGAGGGGUUUGGCAUCCGGUUGAACAAGACACCCCCCAAUAUGACGUUUAGGAGAAAAGAAAAGGGUGGCAUCAAUUUCACAUCAACAGUAGCAAACACUCACUUGGAUCUUGACACAGUAAAAGCGAUCUGUAGUGAGUACAGGAUUCACAAUGCUGAUGUCUCCCUUAGGUUUGAUGCAACAGCAGAUGAUCUCAUUGAUGUGAUCGAGGGAAGUAGAAUUUACAUGCCUUGCAUCUAUGUUGUUAACAAAAUUGACCAGAUUACAGUCGAAGAGCUGGAUAUCUUGGACAAACUUCCCCAUUACUGCCCAAUCAGUGCCCAUCUUGAAUGGAACCUUGAUGGACUUCUAGAGAUGGUCUGGGAAUACCUAGAUCUGGUUAGGCUGUACACAAAACCCAAAGGUCUAAACCCAGACUAUGAGGACCCUGUGAUCUUAUCAACCAAGAGGAAAACAGUGGAAGACUUCUGCAACCAAAUCCACAAGGACAUGGCGAAACAGUUCAAAUACGCGCUGGUGUGGGGUUCUAGCGUUAAGCACAAGCCUCAGAGGGUUGGCAAGGAGCAUGAGCUUGAGGAUGAGGAUGUUAUUCAGAUCAUUAAGAAGAUAUAGUCACACUCUGGAGCGAGCGAAUCUUUUUUGCAAACCAGGAAGGAGCUAUCAGUUAUGAAUCUUUUCGAGCAGCAGCUAUGUUAGAAGAACUUGUGUUUCUUUAACUGGCUGUAAGAUGCCCAUAGGUGGGCGGCUGUUCGCAUAAAUCCUGUUUCGAUCAAAAGACAGAAUGUAGACAGUUUCCUUUUCCCUUGUAUGAAGUAGACGUGUAACUGUGAUGUGUGUGACAGAUGGAUAAACCAAGAGUCUUGCCCUCAACGGCCGAACACAUGAAAAGAUGCUUGUCUAUCUUUAGAAGAUGAUAAGAUGGUUCUUAUAAUGCAGACUGUUUCAUUUUA